UUCAACGUCCUUGGCAACCAAACCAUCAUCAUCGUACGUCGAUCGUCGUCAUGCAAUCGUCCUUGUUAGCACGCGACAGCAACCACGCCGCGGCUGCCACCUGCCCGUCCGGCGACGGCCUCGCGUGUGUGCUUGGCGUCGGCACAGCCAACCCAGCCAACUGCGUUCAGCAAGACGAGUACACCGACCGUUACUUCCGUAUCACCAACAGCGACCACCUCACGCACAUCAAACCCAUCAUGAAGAGAGCAUGCGAGAUGACGGGGGUCAAAAAGCGCUACGUGCAAGUCGACGAGGACCUCCUCCGGGAGCACCCGGAGUUCCUGGACCCUGGAGCGGCAAGCCUUCCCAGCAGGCUAGCCGUGGUGGCCGCCGCCAUGCCGGGGCUGGUGGCGGCCGCCGCAGCGAAGGCCAUCGCCGAGUGGGGCCGCCCAGCGACAGACAUAACCCACCUCGUCUUCAGCACCAGCACCAGCGUCCAGGUGCCCGCCGUCGACCUCCGCGUCGCGUCCCUGCUGGGGCUACCCCCCACCGUGCGGCGCACCACGCUGUGCUCCCACGCCUGCACCGGCAGCUCCGGCGCGCUCCGCGUCGCCAAGGACGUCGCCGAGACCAGCCGCGGCGCGCGGGUCCUCGUGGCCUGCGCCGACAUGCUGAGCGUCCUCGGCGUCCACGCGCCGCACGACGACGACGACGACGCCGUGGGGAUCGUCGCCCACGCCCUCUUCGGCGACGGCGCCGGCGCGGUGCUCGUCGGGGCCGACCCAUGGGACCCCCGCGAGCGCCCGAUCUUCCAGAUGCUGGCCGCGUCCCAGGCCACGGUGCCGGGCACCGACCACGUGGUCGCCCUCGAGCUCGCCAGCGCCGGCGUCGCCUACCGGAUCGAAGCCGGGGAGCUGGCGGCGCUGGUCGGCGCCAACGUCGAGCGGUGCCUGAGCGACGCGAUGGCGCCGCUCGCCGCCGUUGGGUGCGUCGGCGCCUGGAACGACCUCUUCUGGGUGCUGCACCCUGGUGGCCCCAUCAUCAUGGACAGCUUCGCGGCGGCUCUCGGGCUCCAGCCGGGGAAGCUGGCCGCCAGCCGCCGCGUGCUCAGCGAGUAUGGCAACAUGAUGGGCCCCACUCUCAUCUUUGUCCUCGACGAGGUCAUACGCCGUCGCCGGCAAAACCAUCAGGAUAGGAGCUGCGGAUGGGGGUUCAUGGUGGGGCUCGGCCCCGGGUUCACAAUCGAAGUCAUGGCGUUACGUGCGUGCGGUGACAUUGACAAUGACAAGUCCACUCUGCCGCCGACGCCACGACUCAAGAGUUCUCUGUAGUACGUGGGGGGCUGCAGAGGGAGUCUGGGAAAUCGAGAGACAUCAUUUCAAAUCGAUUGUUGUAACGGAGUAUAAAUUUCAGCAAGAAUUCUAUGAAA